AUGUUCAACUUUCACCUGUCAUACAAAUGGCUACGCUGGACGCGCCCAACCUCCCCUCCUCCUCCUCUCCCGGACGGCGUGGAGCGCUUCUUCACCAAGACCUCCUCGGGAGACCUCGAGAUCCUGUACGCCGCUCCCAUUGCCGAUGGCAGUAAGCCGCCGUCGCGGUCCCCGCCCAUACUCUUCGUCCAUGGCGGCAUGGGCAGUGCCUGGGUCUGGCUCGAGUACAUGCAAUACCUCUCGGCGCGCGGCGUCCCCUGCUACGCCGUCUCGCUCCGCGGCCACGGCGAGUCCUGGCACCCCAGCUACCUGCGCAUGGUGUACGGCACCACCCGCCGGGACCUCGCCGACGACAUCGUGUCGGCCAUGCGCGCCCUCGUCUACCGCGACGCCUCGGUCGACGGCGCCGAGACCGAGGUCGUCCUGGUCGGCCACUCCAGCGGCGGCGGGCUGUCGCAGUACGUCCUCCAGGCCCCCUGGUUCGGCGAGCGCGGCCUGCCCCGCGUGCGCGGCCUUGCCCUGCUCGGCGCCGUGCCCGGGUUCGGCAGCCUGGGCGUCUACGUCAACUGGUGGCGCGCGGACCCGCUCUUCACCGUCCGGAUGCUGUUCCACGGCUGGCACCCCAACUCGCCGCUAUCGCACCCGGCCCUUACGAAGCGCAUCUUCUUCAGCGACGGCGGGGUGGACGACGACUACGUGGCCAGGUUCCAGGCGCGCACGAGCGCCUACGAGAGCUUCCUGUGGCCCAUCAGCAUGAUGCGGCCGUUUGUCGACCCGGAGCGUCUGCUCCGCCGCCUCUUUGGCCGGGCGGGCGCGGAUGACGGCAGCAGCCAGAGGAUCUUGGUCAUGAGCGGUGAGGGGGACAGGCUGAUGACCCCGCCCGUGAUGCGUCACCUCGCGGCUACCUACCGCGCCGCGUUCCUUGGCGAGGCCAGGGCGAAGAAGAUUGAGGCUGGCCAUGACGCGGCCGCGGUGGUGCCGCUGGCCGGGGAGGGGGGCCGCGACAACGCUGGCCAGGCGGUGAGGUUCUGCAUGGUCCCGGGGGCGGGCCACCACCUCCAGAAUGACGUCCAGUGGGAGGUCGGCGCGAGGAAACUGCUUGGAUUUUACAGGCAGCUGUGA